AUGGCAGAGAUCCAUCAACCCACUACAGCUACUGUGGUCGACGCAGUCCCAUCAGGUCACUCACCUGAUGGGCCUUCUCCCGCAGGAAGCACACUCACCGGGGAGACACCUGCUCUCUCCCCAUCUCCGGGGCCGAAGCCUUCUGCGUCGCCUUCACCAGCUCCUGCUCGAAAAGGUUCGCCCCGGCCAAACCCGCAUCAGCUCUACAAGCAGCCCGUUCCACUCAAAAUCUUCCCCUUUCCAAGUCUCACCAGCAACCCAAUCUCCCUCCUCCACCUCGCCUUCACCUGGUUGUCACAGGUAUUGAGCCCUCCUCCCGCCGAGCCGUCUGUUGUGCAUACGGCCUACUGGGAUCAUGACACCAAAACCAUCACCGUCACAGAUGAGAAAUCUAUGGUCGAUCUCUGGCAGCAGGGUUUCUUCGGAAAGGGAAGUCUGAGCCGAAGUGAGCCCAACUGGCUGAAGAGGGAAAAGACGCGCUUGGGACUUAUCGGGGAUAAGGUCUCCGAGGUCGAGACCAACAAGAGACGCGCUGAGCGCAACCGUGCAAAAUGGGACCGCGCCAGGGCAGAGCAGGAAGCUUUGGAGCAGAGGCGCCUGGAGGAGGCUGCGCUCGAGGAGGCACGGCUUGAGCAGGCUGUUGUGCUUCCCGAGCCUGUACCAGAAUCUCUCGCGAAGGCCCCGACACGUGUGACGCUGGCAGCCCCUGUGGGACCCCUGGAGCUUCUACGUUUGCCCAAUUCACAUAUUGAACUCGAGUCUUUUCCUAGCCGCCUCACUCCACCCUUCGAGGAGAGCAUCGAGAGUACCGAGGUCUCCAAGUAUGGUUCGAGCUCAUCUGGAAAUGAUGAUGCCGACUCAAAUACUACUGUCUCGGAACCCACGCCGCCGAAGCAAGCUAAGAGCGUCCGCUUCUCGCCAACCGUGGAGUCAACCGAGUUCUUGCACAAUGAUCCCCCCAGCCCCCCUCGUUCGGUAUCAUCUUCGUCCCUGAAACCUAAUCAGGUUGACGGUAGCACCCUUGUCAGUAAGGAUGACACUGUGUCUUCUGUCAUCAGCGACACUUCCAGACAAUCCAGCGAAAUUGAGACGGACUUGGUGGUAGCCAACAAGGAACAACUGCAGCUUCUGCCUGAGGAAGCUUUAUUCCUGGCUUUUGCUUUUGGCGCUCUGAAGAUUGUCGACUCGGCCACCCAAGAGGUAAUCUCUCCGAGAAAUCUUCUAGGUCUUCUCCGCCAGAAUUCCUACUUUCCCCCACGUCUGUCACAGCAUGAACUUCAACCCGACGACCCCUUUCUCAUUCACUAUGCCGUGUACCACCACUUCCGCUCCUUAGGGUGGGUACCGCGAGGCGGUCUCAAGUUUGGAGUGGAUUGGCUGCUGUAUACUCGUGGGCCGGUAUUCGACCACGCCGAGUACGGUGUACUUGUGCUCCCAUCUUACUCCGAUCCAUAUUGGAAGUCUGUUGGGAAACAGGCCCCACAGAAGUCAUGGCAUUGGCUCAUGGGUGUCAAUCGUGUGUUGUCAAAAGUUUUCAAGAGCGUACUGCUGGUCUAUGUUGAUGUUCCGCCACCCAGCGCCUUUCUCGAGGAUGGAUCACCCAAGGAUGGCUUGGCGGAAUUGUUAAAAAAGUACUGCAUACGUGAGCAACUGGUCAAGAGGUGGUCAUCGAACCGAAAUCGCGACUAG